GCCUCAGAUACAGAUAGAAUAUCUAAACAAUUUAAUAGCAGAUUGCAUAGAUUUUGUUUAUAUUUUUAUAUAUCAGAUUAAAAUUUUUAAAAAUUGUUUUUCCUUGGAUGCUUAAACUUAUUGUUUACAAACAGAGGAACAAUGCUACCUACCGGGUCCACAAAAAAAGUUUGUAUUCAUUAAAUACCUAAAGCUCUCUCUUUGGAAUUUGGGUGUUCUCUUCCGUAUAUUAAAAAACUGGAAGUAAUGAUGUCACAUUCUCUUCAACCGAUUCCGUCGAAUAGGCCGGUACCUCAAAAAUAAGUUUGCAUUCCAAUUUCGUAACUUGAAGCAAAAACACUAGGAUCAGUGCGCUCGAAUUAAAUUAUAAUUAAAUAUAUAUUGUUUUUUUUAUAUUUAUAAGUUAGUAAUUAUUAAAAAUUGAAAGAUUUCCUCGAUGACAUCGACGUGCAGUUUUGAAUUUGAUCGCCCAGAGGAGGUGUAUUAUAGCGGAGAGAUAGUUCGAGGACGAGCUCUUCUUAAUAUAUCGUCUAACAGGUCUGUAAGAGGCGUUUAUAUAAUCCUUGAGGGCGAGGCUAAAGUACAGUGGAAUGAUGAUAAAAAUUCACAGGACUUUCAUCAUGGCUUUUAUUUCAAAGGAAAUCAGUCUUACCUCAACCACAAAAUAAGGGUCUUUGGAUCUGGAGAUCUAACAACUGGCAUCCAUACAUACGAAUUCAGUAUUCCUUUGCCUCUAGAAUGCCCAUCUUCAUUGGUUAUGGAAUACGGCAAGAUAUCAUAUGUGAUAUCGUUGCUUAUCGAUCGUGAUGAUCCUUACAACAACCUUUUCCAAUACCCGUUGACAAUCCUACAGAACUACAACCUUAAUUUGAGUCCCGAGCUGAUGACACCCUUAGUACAUGAGGACGUGAAACACUUAUGUUGUUGGUUCUGCCGUUCCGCACCAGUUUUUUACACUUUUAUAAUACCUUAUGGGGGCUAUGCUCCUGGUCAGAAGAUCCAAUACAUUAUGAAGAUUAAUAACCAGUCAACUUACGAUGUCGAUGGCUUUGAAGUUAACCUAAGACAAAACAUCAACUUUCGGGCUCAAGUUCCCCAAACUAAAGAACGCAAGUUGGAGAAAACCCUGAGUCACAGUCUUCAAAGGAUGUCGGUUCGUCGUCUUUCCAAAAAGUCUUUCACCGGACUACUGGACAUCCCUUCUGUACCACCCUCUUCUCGAUAUGAAGGUAUCAUUUUGGUUCAAUAUUUCGUUUCCGUAAUCAUUUCAAUGGGGGAGUGCCACAUGGAUUCGGAAUUUGAAGUUCCCAUAGUCAUUGGCACAAGUCCUUUUCCUCAAAGUGAAGAAGAUACCUCCAUUUCGCAGUUGUUUGACACUGAAAAUUUUGGUACGCCGCAUAGUGUUUCUUCCGAUCAGCCACCAAGCUACGACACAUGCAAACCGCCAAACUAUGAAGAGGCAAGCCGGUUUCGACCUCGAUAUCCGAUGUUCCUGCCCACGGCUCCUCCCCCACAACCGGAGGAUGAGAUUUCUGCUUUAUUUCAGACUGAUACCGAUCGUCGACAAGAUAUUGAAGCCCCCAAAGAUGAAGCAAAACCCUACGGAUGGUCGCUUUCAUCCUGAGAUUAUUAUAUUUAACUAAAUCAAACUAUCUACUAAGUAUAAACUAACUACCUCAAUAAAUAUUAAAAUCUUCUGUAAGAAUUCUCGAAAGCUUAAGUAUUUUUGUUGAACCUCGUACGUUAAAAAAGCGAAAUAAAUUGUACAAAAUGUUUAAA